UUCAAAAUCCCGACUUUUACAUUUUUUCUUUGUUUUUGUUUUGCGCAAAAUUUUGGAGAGCGAGAGAGAGAGAGAAUUGCGAGUCUCUCACUUUCACUUGCGUUUCACAGAUCAGAUCGAAACAACAACAACCCUCGAAUUCUCAUACACUCUCCAAAAAAAUUCUCUCUAAAUUCCUCCAGAUCCGCCGAUCAUUGCUUCUCCUUUUCAUAUAAUUGUAAUUGUAUACAUAGACAGAUUGUUGAUACAAUUCAAUUCGGUGUAGUGUUUGGUUUUUUAUUUUCCAUAGUUUGGGGUUUCAAUGGCGUGUAUAAAAGGAGUGAAUCGAUCGGCGUCCGUUGCUAUAGCACCGGACGCACCGUACAUGGCCGCCGGGACGAUGGCGGGUGCUGUGGAUCUGUCAUUUAGCUCAUCAGCCAAUCUCGAGAUCUUCAAGCUUGAUUUCCAGUCGGAUGAUAAAGACCUUCCUGUAAUUGGGGAUUCUCCGAGCUCCGAACGCUUCAAUCGUCUCUCGUGGGGAAAGAAUGGAUCGGGUUCUGAACAAUAUUCUCUAGGCUUCAUUGCUGGAGGACUCGUCGAUGGAAACAUUGAUAUUUGGAACCCUCUUGCGCUGAUCCGUCCUGAGGCAGGUGAAACUCCACUAGUUGGACAUCUAACAAGGCAUAAAGGGCCUGUGCGUGGUUUAGAAUUUAAUACAAUUACACCAAACUUGCUUGCAUCUGGAGCUGAUGAUGGUGAAAUCUGCAUAUGGGAUUUAGCCAACCCAUCACAACCUAUUCAUUUUCCACCUCUGAAGGGUAGUGGCUCUGCAGCUCAGGGUGAAAUUUCAUUCUUAUCAUGGAAUAGCAAAGUUCAACAUAUAUUAGCCUCUACGUCCUAUAAUGGAGCAACAGUCGUUUGGGACCUGAAGAAGCAAAAACCGGUUAUAAGUUUUUCAGAUUCCACUAGAAGACGCUGCUCGGUGCUGCAGUGGAAUCCUGAUCUUGCAACUCAACUCGUUGUUGCUUCAGAUGAUGAUAAUUCCCCUUCCCUCAGGCUUUGGGAUAUGCGUAAUAUUAUGACACCAGUUAAAGAGUUUGUGGGCCACACUAGAGGUGUAAUUGCAAUGUCAUGGUGUCCCACCGAUACCUCCUACUUGCUAACAUGUGCUAAAGACAACAGAACUAUCUGCUGGGACACUAUUUCUGGAGAUAUUGUGUGCGAAUUGCCUGCUAGUACCAACUGGAACUUUGAUGUACACUGGUAUCCUAGGAUUCCUGGUGUUAUAUCUGCCUCUUCAUUUGAUGGGAAGAUUGGCUUAUAUAAUAUUGAGAGUUGCAGCCGGUAUGGUGUAGGAGAUAAUGAUUUUAGCCCAGUAUCAUUGAGAGCACCAAAGUGGUAUAAACGUCCAGUUGGUGCCUCUUUUGGCUUUGGAGGGAAGGUAGUAUCAUUUCAACCUAAGACUCCUGCUGCAGGUGCCUCAGCUGGUGCUUCGGAGGUUUAUGUGCAUGACUUGGUAAUGGAGCACAGUUUGGUUACUCGUUCAUCUGAGUUUGAAGCUGCAAUACAAAAUGGUGAACGCUCCUCUCUCAGGGUUUUAUGUGAACAGAAGUCUAAAGAAUCUGAUUUGGAGGAUGAUCGGGAAACAUGGGGAUUCCUGAAAGUCAUGUUUGAAGAUGAUGGAACUGCAAGGACGAAACUUCUCAGCCAUCUUGGUUUUAGUAUAUCAACUGAAUCACAAGAUCCUCAAGAAGAGAUUUCCCAGGAUGUUAAUGCUCUCCAUCUGAAUGAUACAGCAGCAGAUAAUAUUGGAUAUGGGGAUGGUAGAGAAGCCACAUUAUUCCCAUCUGACAAUGGGGAGGAUUUCUUUAACAAUCUUCCCAGUCCAAAAGCUGACACACCUUUAUCAAUUUCUGGUGAUAACCAUGCUGCUGAGGAGACUCUUGUUGCUGCUGAAGAACCACAAGUUGAGGAUGGAGUAGAAGAUAAUGGAGAUGCAUCGUUUGCUGAUGGUGUUCAACGGGCACUAGUUGUAGGUGAUUAUAAGGGGGCUGUUGGGUUGUGUGUAUCUGCAAACAAAAUGGCUGAUGCAUUGGUUAUUGCUCAUGUGGGUGGUGGGUCCUUGUGGGAGAAUACACGAGAUCAAUAUCUAAAAAUAUCCCGUUCACCGUACUUAAAGAUUGUUUCUGCAAUGGUCAACAAUGAUCUAUUGAGUCUUGUGAAUACAAGGCCCCUGAAAUUCUGGAAAGAAACCCUUGCCCUUCUCUGCAGUUUUGCACAAAAAGAUGAAUGGACUGUGCUUUGUGAUACUCUUGCUUCAAAACUUAUGGUUGCCGGUUAUACACUUCCAGCAACUCUGUGCUAUAUAUGUGCUGGAAACAUCGAUAAAACUGUUGAAAUCUGGUCGAAGAGCUUGUCUGCUGAGCGUGAAGGAAAAUCUUAUGUUGAUCUUCUUCAGGAUUUGAUGGAAAAGACUAUCGUGCUUGCUUUGGCCACUGGACAAAAGAGAUUUAGUGUAACUUUAUGCAAGCUUGUUGAGAAAUAUGCUGAAAUAUUGGCAAGUCAAGGACAGCUAACAACGGCCCUGGAAUAUAUUAAGUUAUUGGGAUCUGAAGAAUUGACCCCUGAACUUGUGAUCUUGAGAGAUCGAAUUUCCCUCUCCACAGAGUCUGAUAAAAAUAACAAGGCCUCAAAUAUUGAAUACUCUCAGCAACCAAGCGAAAACAUGUAUGGUUCUGAAGCCACUAAACAUUAUUAUCAGGAAUCUGCUUCAGCGCAAUUCCAUCAGAGUAUGCCUACCACUACGUACAAUGAUAACUAUUCCCAGACUGCAUAUGGUGGGAGAGGAUACACUGCUCCUACAUCAUAUCAACCUGCACCGCAGCCUAAUUUAUUUGUUCCAUCACAGGCACCACAAGCUCCAGAGACAAAUUUUUCUGCACCCCCGGGUCAGCCUGCUCCAAGGCCAUUUGUUCCUGCAACACCUUCUGCUUUGAGAAAUGUGGAAAAAUAUCAACAGCCACCCACUUUGGGUUCUCAGUUGUACCCUGGAAUUGCAAAUCCUACUUAUCAACCUAUACCAGCUCCUUCAGUUGGUCCUGUCCCAUCACACAUGGAUUCAGUUCCUGGGCAUAAAAUGCCUCAGGUUGUGGCUCCCGCUCCACCGUCUAGGGGAUUCAUGCCAGUUCCUAAUCCAGGAGCCGUUCAGCUACCUGGAAUGGGUUUGGUUCAGCCUCCCAGCCCUACACAAUCUGCUCCAACACAGCCAGCGGUGAUGCCUCCAGCCCCACCACCAACCGUGCAGACUGCAGAUACUUCAAACGUACCUGCUCAUCAAAAACCUGUGGUAGCAACAUUGACCAGACUUUUCAAUGAGACCUCAGAAGCAUUGGGAGGUGCGCGGGCAAAUCCGGGUAAGAAGCGGGAAAUUGAAGACAACUCGAGGAAGAUGGGUGCCUUGUUCAGCAAACUCAACAGUGGGGAUAUAUCUAAAAAUGCUGCUGAUAAGCUUGGUCAGCUCUGCCAAGCUCUAGAUACUGGCGAUUAUGGUCGUGCAUUACAGAUCCAGGUGCUUCUCACCACAAGCGAAUGGGAUGAGUGCAGCUUCUGGCUGGCUACGCUGAAACGAAUGAUCAAGACGAGGCAGAACAUGAGGUUGAGUUAGUGCAAAACAUGAUAGUCAUUUCUGGCUAUUUUUUUUUUUUUUUUAUCUUUUGGAAAUUCUUUUCCCACCUUAUAGCUACCCUUCUUGUGCCACCAAUAUACCCACACAAACACAAGAAUGACGUCCCUUGGUUGCUGCUGCCGGAUUUUGCCCCAAUGUUUUCCUCUAUGAUCUUGACUGGUUUUUAUUGAAAGAGUUAGCAAUGAUAGCUGGAGGAUAACAGUAGACUUUUGUUGGUUCUUAUUUUGUAGUUUAGAACUGAGGAGAAAGUCCAAUUUUUAAUUAUUUUUAUUUUUCUUCGUUUUUAUAAAUCACAGCCUGAGUCGGGUUUCAUCACAGCCAUUUGUUAGCUUGCAUAAGGGUCCUUCCUUGUUAGAGUGUCUUUUCAUUGUACCUUCCAUUUGACAUAUCCUAAUUUUGUUGAAAGCUAGUUGAAUUUCAAAA